AUGGAGCAAAAUGAAGAGGCUAGUCUGGAGGAGCGCCUCAAAUCUGCCCUCUGGUUAUCCAUUGGCAAGAUUGUGGAUGAGGAGACCAUCAAAUUAGGUGUCAAUGCAACACCGCAGUUUAUUGGAGCUCUGACAGAGAUGCUUACUUGUAUCAGACAUGCGGGACGCUCGACUGUUAACACUUCCGAUGUGAUGUUGCUUGCCCGCCGCAAUGAGGGCCUGGACUCGAUCCUCCGCGCCUUUGUUGAGCAGCAGCGUCCAGAAGCCUGA